GGUCAUGUGCUCAAGUUGCAGAAAAUCUGCCAGCAGAAAUCUUGACUCCAAUUACAUCAACUCAAGAAAUGCCAUAUAUACCUGCAGCAACUCAAGAUACUCCGCAUGAUAUUAAUACGUUUCAAGACAAAGAAAGCCAUACUGAA